AUGCUGCGUGGAGCUGCUCGGAGCCCCCUUGCCCGUUCCCCUGGGUGGUGCUCUGUGCUGUCGCCAUCGCCACGCGCCGUCACCGCCGCUGCCCGAUCACAUCUCCCUCGCCAAAGAUUAGGCAAGGGCCCCGCCCGCGGCUGGAGCAACAUCCCGUUCCUCACGGUGCCGCUGAGCCGCGCGCACGGCCAGUCCUUCGCCCACCGCGGCGAGCUGCGGCACGCCAAGCGCAUCGUGGUGAAGCUGGGUAGUGCUGUUGUGACUCGAGGGGAUGAGUGUGGCUUGGCCCUUGGGAGGCUGGCAUCUAUUGUAGAGCAGGUGUCAAUGCUGCAAAAUCAGGGCCGAGAGAUGAUGAUUGUCACCAGCGGCGCUGUAGCUUUUGGGAAGCAGCGGUUACGUCACGAGAUAUUGCUUUCUCAGAGUGUGAGGCAAGCACUUCAUUCAGGCCAGAGUCAGCUAAAAGAUAUGGCUAUUCCAGUCUUGGAGGCCCGAGCCUGUGCAGCAGCUGGCCAGAGUGGACUAAUGGCUCUGUAUGAGGCCAUGUUUACACAGUACAGCAUCUGUGCAGCUCAGAUUUUAGUCACCAACCUGGAUUUCCAUGAUGAACAGAAGCGUCGGAACUUAAAUGGAACGUUGCAUGAACUUUUAAGAAUGAAUAUUGUCCCAAUAAUUAACACUAAUGAUGCUGUUGUUCCACCUCCAGAGCCAAACAGUGAUCUGCAGGGGGUAAAUGUGAUUAGCGUGAAGGAUAAUGACAGUCUGGCAGCACGACUGGCUGUGGAAAUGAAAACUGAUCUCCUGAUUGUUCUCUCAGAUGUAGAAGGACUCUUUGACAGCCCUCCAGGUUCUGAUGAUGCGAAGCUCAUUGACAUAUUCUACCCAGGAGACCAGCAGUCUGUAACAUUUGGAACCAAAUCCCGAGUGGGAAUGGGAGGCAUGGAAGCCAAGGUGAAAGCAGCACUGUGGGCCCUCCAAGGAGGCACCUCUGUAGUGAUUGCAAAUGGAACCCACCCAAAGAUCUCAGGCCAUGUCAUCACAGAUAUUGUGGAAGGGAAAAAAGUUGGAACGUUUUUUUCAGAGGUGAAACCUGCAGGUCCUACAGUGGAGCAGCAGGGUGAAAUGGCUCGAGCUGGUGGCAGGACCCUGGCAGCUCUACAGCCUGAGCAGAGAGCAGAGAUUAUUUAUCGUCUUGCUGACUUACUAACUGACCAGAGAGAAGAAAUUCUCUUGGCAAACAAAAAAGACUUAGAAGAGGCUGAAAAUAAAGGGAGAUUGGCACUUCCUUUGCUGAAGCGUCUCAGUCUGUCUACAUCAAAGCUGAACAGCUUGGCUAUUGGGCUGCGUCAGAUUGCAGCCUCCUCCCAGGACAGCGUGGGCCGCGUGAUUCGGCGAACACGAGUGGCAAAAGGCCUGGAUUUGGAGCAGGUGACAGUGCCUAUCGGAGUCCUCCUCGUCAUCUUCGAGUCCCGUCCCGACUGUCUUCCACAGGUGUCUGCUUUGGCCAUAGCCAGUGGAAAUGGCUUACUACUUAAAGGAGGGAAAGACGCAGCACAAAACCAUCAAAAUCAAAUCCUUCAUCAUCUGGCACAAGAAGCACUCUCCAUUCACGGAGUCAAAGAUGCGGUGCAACUAGUGAACACAAGAGAGGAAGUAGAAGAUCUCUGCCGUUUGGAUAAGCUGAUAGAUCUAAUCAUUCCACGUGGUUCAUCACAGCUAGUCAGGAAUAUCCAGAAAGCUGCUAAGGGAAUUCCAGUGAUGGGACACAGUGAAGGGAUCUGUCAUGUGUAUGUGGACACAGAUGCCAGUGUUGAGAAGGUCACACGAAUAAUCAGAGACUCAAAGUGUGAAUAUCCUGCUGCCUGUAAUGCUCUGGAAACUCUCUUAAUUCAUCGAGACUUGCUGAGAACCCCGUUGUUUGAUCAGAUCAUAGACAUGUUGAGAGUAGAACAG